AUUCCUCGUUUGACAGGGAGUUUAAAGGAAUAUUUGGCAAAUGAUAAUGAUAGGCAAAUUAACUCAUUAAAUAGAUUUCAUAGCGUUACUAUCGAUCAUUGUAGAGAAAUGUAUAAUUUUAGCCUAGAAGUUCAAAGAACCAACUCCUGGGGAUACAUACAGAAAAAAACCGGCAAAUUCGAUGGACUCGUAAGCCUUUUAGAAAGAAAACUCGUAGAUUUUGGCAGCUCCCCUCUACUUUUUAAACUUGACAGAAUGCCUUUUGUCGACUAUGGAUUUGGAAACUGGAUACUACGGUCUACGUUCGUGUACAAACGUCCAAGAAUUGAAGCUAAAUCCUACGAAAUAUUCCUAAGACCUCUAUCAUAUGAUGUGUGGUUAACAAUUUUAGUAAUAUUAGUUUUCAUAACGCUGGCCCUAAAAAUAGCUUUUACCAUAGAGCUGAAUAUAAAACAUAAAAUCAAAAGUAACGUCGAUCCUUCUUGGAGUUUUUUAAUGCUAUUUACUUUGGGAGCCUUCUGUCAACAAGGUGCUACCUGUUAUCCUCUACUUUUUUCAAGCAGAAUCCUUUCUAUAUUCGUGUUUCUCUUCUGCAUUUUAACCUACCAAUUUUACUCGGCAAGCAUUGUCUCUUACUUACUCAUGGAUCCCCCAAGAAGCAUUUUUAACCUUAAAGAUUUGGUUGAAAGUAAAAUGCAGGCCGGAAUAGAAGACAUCCUUAUAGAUAGAGAUUAUUUUGUGCAAACCACAGACCCCUAUGCUAUUCAGCUAUACGAGCAAAAAAUCAAGGGUGCUACAAAUGAUGAUGGUUUCUACUCGCCUUUUGAUGGCAUUUCAUUGGUCAGACAGGGUGGGUUUGCUUUUCAUGUUCAAACGAGUUCAGCCUACCCCAUCAUAGAGCAGAUUUUUACUAAUGAAGAGAUAUGUGAUCUAGAAGAAAUACAGAUGUAUAGGACUCAGCCUAUGUAUACUAAUUUACAAAAACAUUCGCCAUUUAGAGAGAUGUUAAAUUAUUGUAUGUUAAAAAUGGUAGAAGAUGGUAAAAUAAAUCAUUUAAGGCAGCACUGGGAUUCUAGAAAACCAGCUUGUAUAGAUACAGCUAAAAAAGUCACUAUUCAUGUUAGCCUUAAAGAAUUUUCUUGUGGUCUUAUAGUCUUGAUAUAUGGAUUUUUGAUCAGCUUGAUAUUUUUGCUUAUGGAGAAUAUAUUUUAUAACAAAAAAUCUAUUUUUGGGAAAAAAAUAUUACCUAUAAAACCUUUUAUUAAAUAAAAAUAACAUCUUUUAUGCAUAGUAAAUAAAAGAAGUUGAAAUUUA